CGUGCCGAGCCGUGCCGUGCCGUGCCGUGCCGAGCCAAGCCGUGCCGAGCCGUGCCGUGCCGUGCCGUGCCGUGCCGAGCCGUGCCGUGCCGGGCCGUGCCGGGCCGUGCCGGGCCGGGCCGUGCCAUGCCGUUCUACAAGCGGAGCGUGGUGCCGCGGCGGGGGCGGUCGGCGGUGCCGCUGGCCGAGCUGCGGGACGUCUGUAGCCUGGCGGCUCUCACCCUGCUCCGGCAGCUCGCCGACCUCUGCGGCCACUCGCUCGCCCUCCUGGGAGACAUCGAGGGUCACGUCCUGGCCUUGGGUCGCCGCACCGGGCGGCUGCACCGCCGAACCGCCCGCCUACAGGCGCUGCUGCGGGGCCGGCCGCUGCGCGGGGCGCACGCCGCCCCAGCCACCUCUAACCUGGACCUGGAGAGCAAGAAAGCCGCUCACACCAAGCUGUCAUGGCAGCAGCCGGUGAACGUCUUCCUGGCGGCCGGGCGCCCGCCGGGCAUGGAGCAGCUGCACCAGGAGGCCCAGCUCAACCUCCAGAGCUUGCUGCAAGAGGAGUUUGAGGAGCAGUACGCCGAGAGCAGGGUCACCGGGCAGACCUUCCGCGCCGCCGGUCACCUGCCCCCCGACACCCCCCCCGAGCCGUCGCCCCGACCCCCGCCUGCCAAGCGCCUCGAGUUCGUCCUUAUGCCCCCGAGCCGGCGAGCAGCCGAAGAGGAGACCACUGGUACGACCGCGCUCGGCACCCGGCCGCCCGACGCCUCCCUGAGCCUGCCCACCAGCCCCGACAAGCAGCCGGCCUGGACCAGGGCCUUCCCCCUGCCCACCGUGGAGGAGAAGCAGUGGCACCAGUCCUGCUCCAUCCAAACCAACAUCGUCCCCAUCAAUGUCUCGGGGCAGCACUUUGCUAGGCACGCGAGUGCUCGUCACUCCCUGUUUAACACAGAGACCGCGAUGAACCCCAAGUCCACCCUGCGGCGUAGACGGACCAUUAUCGGAUUCCCUAACCUGUCCCUGCGAGACCAAGGCGGCGCCAACGGCCCCACGUUCAGCGCGCACGCUCCCAUCGCCGAGUCCCUCUCCUGCAGCUUCGUGCCCGAGGCCGCCAGCGGGGGGAAGGCACCCCAGGAGAUCAGCCCCCGCCAGCCCCUCUCUGCCCCGCUGAGGAAGACCUUCAGUGACCUCGGGGCCCGCUGCUGCCAGCCGCCCGCGGCCAUGGACAGCGCGGCCUCCCCCUGCGCCGGUGCCUGCAACGGGCCGCAGGGCACCCCCUUCCCCCUGCCCUGGAGCACCCUGGGCUACACAAGUCCCCCCGGCCCCGCCACCGGCCAGGGCAAGGGACCCGCCUGCGCCUCGCCGGGCGGCUCCAGCCCAUCGCCCAGCACGGGCUCGCCCGCCGCCUCUUUCUUCAUCGCCACGGAGGAGCGCGUGGGCAGCAACGGGCCUGGAUCCUUCUCCGGCAUGGUGCCCGAGUCCCCCCCUGCCUCCGGGGGCGGCCAGAGGUGUGAGGGCCGAGAAGCCAAGGUGAACUUCUUGCCGGGAAGCCAAGAGGAGUCGGAGCCGGCGGCGGAGCCCGCGCGGCUGGAGGUGGAGCGGGCAGGGUGCCGGUUCCGCGAGCGGUCGCUGUCGGUGCCCACCGACUCGGGUUCCCUCUGCUCCGUGGACAUCGCAUAUGCCGAGACCCGGCGCGGCAGUGCCAACUACGCCCUGGGCUACCCCAGCGCCAGCUCCGAGGGCAGCACCAGCACCGACAACGUCUCCCUGGGGCUGGAGCAGGAGGGCCAGCGGCGGCGGCGCUCCAAGAGCAUCUCCCUCAAGAAGGCGAAGAAGAAGCCCUCGCCGCCCACGCGCAGCGUCUCUCUGAUUAAAGAGGGGCAGGAUGCGGCCGCGGGGCCCAGCUCGGCGCUGCCCAAGGAUCAGCGACCCAAGAGCCUGUGCAUCCCGCCAGAGCCCCAGGGCCACCGUCUGGUGCACGCUGACCCCCAGGGCAGCGCGGGGAGGGAGCCUGACGGCACGGCCGCCCCCCACCAGUGGCAUCUCGUGGACUGGAAGGCCGGCGAUCCCUACCGGUCCCUCUCCAGCUCGAGCACGGCCACAGGGACCACGGCCAUCGAGUGCGCCAAGGCACGGGGCAGCUCCGAGUCCCUCGCAUCCCCCUCCGUCUCCAGGGCCACGACGCCCUCCCAGCUCUCCGCUGAGGCAGACCUCAAGACCUCCUCCCCAGGCAGGCCCACAGGGCUGAUGUCCCCAUCCAGCGGGUACUCCAGCCAGUCGGAGACCCCGACGCCCACCGUCCCCACCUCCGCCAUCCUCGGGCACUCCCCGCACCAGGUGCGGGUGAGGCCGCUGGUCCCCGAGAGGAAGUCCUCGCUGCCCCCCACGUCCCCCAUGGAGAGGAGCCCCAAGUCCAGGCUGUCCUUCGACCUGCCGCUCACGCCACCCACCCAUCUCGACCUCUCGGGGCUGAAAAUCUCCCUGAAGGGGAAGACGAAGGUCAGCCGGCACCACUCCGACUCCACCUUCGGCACCAAGCUGGCCCAGAAGACCAGCCCCAUCACGCCCAUCAUGCCGGUGGUCACGCAGUCCGACCUGCGCUCCGUCCGCCUCCGCUCCAUCAGCCGCUCGGAGCCGGAGGACAAUGCCGACGGCCCGGAGCACGCCGAGGAGCCGGCACGCGGUCCCUGCCUGGGGCCGGAGAGGAAGGUGAAGCCGCCCGUGGCAGAGAAGCCGCCGCUGGCCAAGCGGCCCCCGAGCAUCCUGCCCAAGCCCCCGGCUCUGCGGGAGGAGGGUCCCCUGUCCCCCACGUCCCCGCCGGGCACCGCCGCCAAGGAGAAGGGGCUGGCGCAGGACGGCUUCGUGGUGCUGCGGAAAGGGGAGCUGAGGAGGGGUCCGGGGGAGCCCCCCUUGCCCCUGACCCCUGCGGGACCCCGGCGGCUCUCACAGGGCAGCCUGGAGGACGAGCCGCGGCCGGAGCGGAGUGGUGCCGGCGAGGGGGAGCGGAGGAAGGCCAAGGUGCCGCCGCCGGUGCCCAAAAAACCCAGCGUGCUCUACCUGCCGCUUGCUCCGGCCCCGGCGCAGCUGGGAGCUGGCGUGGGGGACCAGGCGCCCACCCCCAGCCCCAUCAUCACGCUGGAUGCCGACCCCACGUGCUGCAGCUCCGACGCUGAGGACCCGCCGUCCCCGGAGGCCCUGGGCACAGCACAAGCUGGCGACUCCCCCUCGGAGCAAGGCAGCUCAACGGAGGCCGGCACGGAGGAGAAGAGCUUCGCCAGCGACAAGACGGCUGACUCCAUCGCAGAGGAGGACGACGAUGUGUUCGUGACGUCCCGCACCACGGAGGAUCUCUUCACCGUGAUCCACAGGUCGAAGAGGAAGGUCUUGGGGCGGAAGGAGCCUGGUGACGCCUUUGGCAGCCGGCCCAACUCCCACUCACCCGUAAAGACUUCGGGCUCCCCGACCGGCGAGUCCCCAGCAGCGGCGGGCAGCACCGGGAAGUCUUCCAGCAGGAACGAAGAUUUUAAAGCCCUACUCCAGAAGAAGAGCAGCAAAACCAGCCCCGGUACCCGGCCAUCUGCUGCCGAACUGCUCAAGACCACAAACCCGUUGGCUCGGAGGGUCAUGACGGAGUUUGCGCCCGAGCUAGACGGUGCAAACAGCCCCAAAAGCCAGCCCUAACCUUGCGUGGUCCCUUCUGGCCAUGAAGGGCUGGAGAUGGCUGCAGAGGGAGUGUUGCUGCAGAAGGGGUGUCCUGCCUGCCCGGGUGAGUCCAUGUGGCCCGCCGGGGGUUUUCUUCUGCUUUUGUUUCUUCCCUGGAGAGCCGCCGGCGGAGAGGCAGCGUUUGGAGCCCAAGCCCCCGUGUCUCCAGCGGAGCUGGGCCCUUUCCAGGAGGGAAGAGGCGGCACCGCAGCUGGGAUCAUCCCUGGCUGAGCCGGCUCCCGGGACCGAAGGCGCCCGCUCGGGAAGCAGAGUGGGAAGCAGAGUGGGACUGCAGCCCCCAGCGUCGCUCAGCGCCCGCAGCGAAGCUAGCUUGAAACUGUUUGGUCACUUCGGCAUGUGGUACUUUAAAUGGCUUUUCUAAUGCA